GGCUCUUGAACGCAACUUAUCCCCAACGAGCGCGUGCCCCCGUUGUUACUAGCAAACCGCUCAGAAGAUUGACAGCAACUUGAUUCAUUCGGAGCAAACCUUGUUGCAUGGAAACACGAAGCAUUUCUAAACUUUUAAGCAUAUAGGUGAGCGACAAUAACACAACGGGCAGAGGUGGCAGCCAAAAGUUUGAGUAAGUUGAUAGCUAGCAUUUUUCGCUUUCGCUUUCUCCCAUGACAACGACCCCCCUCAGCUCAUUAAUUUCUCAUUAGCUUGGUUAAUUAAACGUCAAGUUAACGUCAGCUGACAGAGCGACAUCCGGAGAUGAGUGAAGGACCUUUAAGGACGUCUAGAUAGUUCGUUAUUGCACAGCAAAUAUCCCACUUGGAAGAGUUGCAACAUGCCAAAAGUUAAACCCCUCACAUUACCAUCCAAGGAAGGACGAACUAGUCAACAAGAUCAAGCAGACCUUCAGGCUAUSUGCAUUGGUAGACGUCAGAUUUCUGCUUUACUGAACACUCCCUCACCAUGUGCCAGCACUGCUAUCUGCCAUAUCCAAGACAUGGGGAGUCUAUUAAAAAAAUGGUUUCAGAAGGAUUUUGGUGGUUUUCACAGACUUCAGAGACUCUCUAUCAAAGAUGUAGAUUCUGAUCCUACAGGCUUGUAUGUUGAAGGGAAAGCGAUUACUGCAAGAGAAGGUUAUCAAAAAUCACCUCUAAAGGAGAAAAUAGAAGAUGUCCUCUCUGAAGUCAUGAAUCUGGUUGAGCGUUUGGAGGCUGAUCGUCAGUUUGCAGAGGAAGCUCUKCAGAAAGAGAAGAGAAGACGAAACGUCCUAGUGAACAAAAUUGACGCUAUUUCACUGUGGAAGCUAAACGAGCAUCCCGCAAUUAUUCAGAAAGAGCACGAUGCUUGCAGUAGAGACAUCGCUGAGUUGAAUUGGCAGCUUAAACAGCAAAAUCAGAAAGUUGACGAGGUCCAGGAGAAAUUGUUGGAGUCUGAACUGCUCAACCAGAAAUUACAAGAAGAUACUGUGUUUGCCAGAAACCAAAUCCCCAUAGUGAAAGAAAACAAUAAGCGCCAGGAAGACGUUUUACUUCUGCUUGAAAUUGCCCAAGCCGAGGCUGACGACGUUCAAGCAAGUAUAAAAGAAGAUCUCCUCCAGAUUGAGAUGGAGCUUGAAAAGGAGGAAACUGAAGCCACCGAAGAAAGGGUGGUACAUCAGCAGAGACGGGAGGAAAUAUUAGAUGAGCUAGAUGACGGAUUGAAAGAAUUAAAUAAGUUGACGAUGGUUAAGAAGAAUAUGCUUAUUGGGAUCGAGAAAACAAAACAAACUGUGCUUUUUAAAGAAAAGAAGCAGACAGAGUUUCUUGACCAGCUCCCUGAAGUUGCUAAAAUUGAGAAAGCUGAAGAGGAUAAAAUUUCACAUCUCAAUCUUGAAAUUAAGAAGGAAGUAAAAAAAAAUCAACGACUUAGAGAGAAACGAAAAUCAGUUCAAAAAGAGUCAGAAGUAAAGACAUCUACAUGGGAAGCAGAACUUGCCAUUAAAAAGGCACAUCUUUAUUUAAGAAAUGAAGCUCUUGAAGCCUUAUUGAAACAAAAUAAGGAGUGUGAACAGAAGAUUGAUGACUACCAGACGAAAAUUUGUAAGAGCGAAAAAGAAGUGAAACAUCUGCGUGAGGAGAGGAAGCAGAUGCUCCAGAAAAUCAAUGACAAUGACGAGCAUUGGGAAACGGCCAAGGAGGAAUUGACCGAGGUUAUAGAGCAGCAUAGUAUCAUAAAGGCUAAACUGGACAAGCAGGAGAAUCACGUCAUCAAGGAGGACCAGGAAGCCAUGAUAAUUAUUGAGAGUCUGAGAAAAGAACUGACUCACAACAUGAGUACUGUAGAGAAGCUAAAGGGGAAGGUUGCAGAAAUCAGUUUGGAAUUAAAGAAAUAUGAUGACUAUUCAGAACUCGCCACUGAAAAACUGCAGAAAGAAUUUGAUGAAUCAUACUCUGCAACACAAGCUCUGGAGACUAUUGUGAAGAGAAUGAAGGAACUGAAAACAACCUAUGAAAAGAUUCAAAGUGAACAUGAAGACACAUCAGCCGACCUAGAGAAGGACAUCAAGUUGAAAAGGGACCAGCUUAAAGCUGCUAAGGAUUUACAUGGUGCCACCUUAUGGAGAAUUAGAAACGAUAUCAUUAGGUGUAAUAUUCUUAGGAAUAAAACUAAAGAAUACCAAGAGUCUUCUCGUGAAAUGGAAAAAGAUCUUGAAGCCAUCCCAAAAGUCAUAGCAGAGUUUGAAAAAGAUUUWGAUGUGGUGGACUUUAAAAAUAAAUCAGCUGCUCGCAYCAUGAGCACCUUGCAGUCAGAUAUUAAUAACUGGCAGCUCCGAUCAGACCUACUCAAGAGGAGAAUCAUGGCUCAUCUCAGAGACAGAAGGCGACUAAAGGAAGAGACAGAGGGAUUCCUGGAGGUUGCACGUGCUGAGAACGAACGACUAGCAAUCGAGUAUGAAGAUCUGAAAAAGAUUCUUUUGGAAGCCAGGCAGGAGUCAGUAUCUGCACUGCGAGUGAAAAACCAUGCAUAUAAAAGGUCUAGCUAUUACACAGAGCUCUCUUUGUUGCAGAAGAGGAUGCACAAGGUUUUGGUAAAAUACUUAGAACAACGCAGCCUCCGCUUCUUGGUUGACCUGGAAGAGUGCCAGACUGUUGCCCGACAAACUUCCCAGAAAAUAUCAAUUGCCCAGGGACAGUUUUCAGAAGAAAUUCAGCUUAUCUUGGUGUUUCUACAGUCCAUCAGCGAGAGCUCUACCACCACCAAAAACGCUGAGAAGAACAAGCAAACCAGUCCAGAUGCCACUGAAGUGAAUGAGUAGAUACCUCCAGUUCAAGUAGCAGUGUAAUUGGACAUUCACCUGUACGAGACAACUUACUUACCCUAGCAUGCUUCACUAUCUCCCCCCCUCUUCACUUGCAGCAAAUCCAUAACAAUGAAACAGGUGACUUUCAUGCUGCUGUCAGGACUGAUCUAAUUUUAGCUGGGUGAAUGAUUGCAAUUGGCUUUGCCUCAUCAGAUAAUUAAUCUAUGUCACCAUUAAUUGGAAAAGAGAAUAAUUACAGGCAGUGUUGACAGAAAUUCUACGCUUCUCCAGAUUUCAAGAUCUAAUUACAACCAGUGAAACCUCGUGACCUUAAGUAGCAUUUAGUGCACUUUGGCCACUUUGACCACGUCYAUGCGACCACCGUCUUGAGGAAAGCACCCUGUUUUUGUUUCGGUACCCCGCUCUCCUCCGAUGUCUUCACCCACUGAAAGCUGUCUCCCUCAAUCACUUUUCAAUAUUCAAUCUUAAUUUUGUGGAAGUUUAGCAUUUUCAAUGAGCUGGAGAUGAAUGAUUAAUGAAUAAAUUUAAAUGCUUCAUUUUG